AUGUCUCACUCUCAUCAAAUAAUUGAACAACCUACACAAAAUUAUGUUUGUUCAAUUUGCUACAACAAAAGACCAAAACUUGAUUACACAAGAAGAGAUUUCACAUAUGCUGAGUUACAUGCAGCCACACAAGGCUUUUCCAUAAAGAAUUUUCUUUCAGAAGGUGGAUUUGGUUCUGUUUACAAAGGAGAGAUUAAUGGACAAAAAAUUGCUGUUAAGCAAUGUAUACAUGCAAGUUAUAAACAAGAGAAGGAGUUUAAGAGUGAAGUUGAUGCAUUAAGUAAAGCAAGACAUGAAAAUGUUGUUGUGUUGCUUGGAUCAUGUUCUGAAGGAAACCAUAGGCUUCUUGUCUAUGAAUUUGUUUGCAAUGGUUCAUUAGACCAACAUUUAUCACAACAUUCUCGCAAGCCUCUUUGUUGGCAAGAUAGGGUGAAAGUAGCUAAUGGAGCUGCUAAAGGAUUGCUAUACCUACAUCAGAACAAUAUCAUACAUAGAGAUAUAAAACCAAACAACAUUCUUCUUACACAUGAUCAUGAAGUAAUGCUGGGUGAUUUUGGUUUGGCAAAAAUUGUAAGUGAAGAAUUCUCAUGUUCAGUUGAAUGUCCUGGAAAUCUAGCAUAUUGGGCACCAGAAUAUGCAGCAUUUGGUAAAGUAUCAAAUAAAACAGAUGUGUAUUCUUUUGGUGUGGUUUUAGUUGAACUAAUAACUGGAAUGAGGACCACAGACAAAAGACUUGGAGGAAAAGGUCUAGUGGGAUGGGCUAGAUCACUACUAAGACAAGGGAACUGUAAAACACUUGUUGAUGAAAGGAUAAUUGAUUCUCAUGACUGUCAUCAACUCCUUUGGAUGAGCCGUUUAGCUGGAAAUUGUCUAAACAAGGAUCCUCAUAAACGAUUGGAUAUGAAUACAGUAAAUCUCUUUGUGGUCAAAGCUUUAAUACAUAUAACGGAAGGUUGCACUAGCUGCAUUGUGGGAAAAGACAGUAGAACCCUUUCCAUGUCAGGCUAUUCCAAGUCAAAAGAUGAUAUGCAUGACUCUUCAGAAUCAGAUGGUGAAAGUGGAAACAUUGGUAGUAGUUCCAACACUUCUAAUACUCAGCUUCUUUAA